AUGGCCGCGCCAAAGCCAAGGGAUCCCUUGGAUGCGCUGCAGGGUCUCCUCAAUGAUGUCCUCGUGCAAACCGGCAAAGCUUUACGUGCAUCCCGACGGGAUAGCCAAGGAAAUCUCGCGCUACCACAGGGCAUCUCACAAUCAAAACUGCCACAAACCAUUGACACCUUCCACAAAGCCCUCGAUGACCUAGAAGGCGAUAUUAUGAAAGCCAAGUCCGUCAUCCUCCGCGAUCUCAACCAACUCCAGGCCGACCAGUCUACGGCCCAACAACAACAAUUACAGCCUGCUCUUGCUAUUGAGUCCCUAACAAAGGAGCCAAUGCCCAUAGAUAUCGAGUCUUCGCCGCCGCCCUCGAUUGUUGCUCAUACCAAACCCGUCCUUGCGCCUUUCCCCGUCAUGGACCCCGGUAACAUUACGAAUGGCGACACGGCCAUCAAGACGGAAGACCAUGCCCACUUUACGAACAGCCCUACGAAAAACGGCAUCGUUAAAUUGGAAGCUCCCGCGGCUCCCGAGGCCCCCAUGAUGGCCGAUUCCAACUUUACCGACAUGCAAUUCUCGCUGGCGCCAGGUGACGGCUUGCAGGGCCAAAAUACGACUGCUGCUGGCUCCUUUGAUGUGUCAUCCUUUGCGCCCAGUGAUACAAUGCUCUCACUCAACAACAUGCUGCCAGGCAAUAGCCACUCCUCCGGUGCCAGCAGCACACACGGCCCGGCAGCUAUCACGGCGACAACCGAAGCGAUCAAGACAGAGCCUCUCAAGGAUAACGGCAACGCAAACGAGUCCAACUUUGAGGAGUUUUUCACCAAUGACGCGAGCCAGGCCGAUGGCAUGGACUUCGACUUUAGCCUUGGCGGCAGUGGCGGCGGUGGCGGUGGUGGUGGCAGCGGUGGUGGCAUGGGUGAGGAUACAUUUGAUGAUUUGAUGAAUGACCGCGAUGGGACGUUUGAUCUGAUGAGCAAUGAAGAUUUCGACGCUGCCUUUUUCAGCCUCGACAAUAAAGACGGCACGACUUGA